CUUUCAAGAAGUCCUGCAAGGUUGGAGCAGAGAACAGGAUUAUGAGAAGGUUUAUUUAAGUUUUGUUUUGUUGGUUGUGUUUUAGGGAAACUUGCUGUUUAAUUAUCACUUUAGGUCCCAGAAGAAACAGAGCAGACACUUUUCCUUCUAAGAUGGUUGGUAAGAGAGUUGUUGUUUGAUGGUUUCUAUUUUCCCUGGAGCUAAAGUUUGGAGGUGGGGUAGGUUAGGAACUAUGGAACUUCAGGGUAGUGAAGGGUUGGAAUAGCCACUGAGAAAUGUAGAUAAAAUAACAAGGAAACAGAAAAUAGGAAUAAAAAAGGCAAGACAGAGGAUCAAUUCAGGAAGUCCAACAGCUAAGUAUUAUUUCCUGAAAGAGAGAAGAGAGAAAACAGAGGGGAGGAAAUUAUCAGUGAAAUAGUUGAGGAAGCACAGAAUGAAGUUUCCAGAUUGAAAGGACCCACUUGAAUCCCCUAAAAUAACACCAACAUCACCGUGAAGAUCCUGGGGACUAUAAAGUGAAAAUGGAGCAACAAGAACCAGCAGAUUCUCAAAAUACCAAGCAGUCUAUUAUUUCAGAGGAGUUAAUUUCAGAAGGAAAAUGGGUCAAGCUUGAAAGAACAACUUACAGAGAUCCUACUGGUAAAACAAGAACUUGGGAAACUGUGAAACGGACAACGAGGAAAGGCCAGUCGGCUGAUGGUGUGGCGGUCAUCCCCGUGCUGCAAAGAACCCUUCACUAUGAGUGCAUCAUUCUGGUGAAGCAGUUCCGACCCCCGAUGGGGGGCUACUGCCUAGAAUUCCCUGCUGGUCUCAUCGAUGACAACGAAAGCCCAGAAGCAGCUGCUCUUCGGGAGCUCGAGGAAGAAACUGGCUACAAGGGCGACGUUGCUGAAUGUUCCCCAGCUGUCUGUAUGGAUCCAGGUUUGUCAAACUGUACCACACAUAUCGUAACCGUAACUAUCAAUGGAGACGAUGCUGAAAACGUAAGGCCUAAGCCAAAGCCAGGAGAUGGAGAAUUUGUGGAAGUGAUUUCCUUACCAAAGAAUGACCUGCUGAAGAGAAUUGAUGAUCUGGUAGCUGAUGAACAUCUGACAGUGGACGCCAGAGUCUAUUCCUACGCUCUGGCGCUGAAACAUGCAAACACAAAGCCGCUUGAAGAGCCCUUCCUGAAGUUUUAAGGCCAAAGGACAGUCGCCUUGUUUCUGUAACCAGGACACAGGCCUCCUUCAUUAAGACUUUGUAUUCAGCUUAGUUUCAAUGGAGAUUUGAAAUUCGUUUUUUCAUAAAAUAAAAGCACAGAAUGCA